CUCUCCGCGGAAGCACCGACCACGCUCACUCUCCUUUUCGUAUAAGAGGACGGUGCCGCAAGCGUUACUCGAGCAGUGUACUCUUCAUACACCGAACCCAGAACGCAGGAAACUACAACCAUGACCGGACUUCACGCCUGCCUGCUCUUGGCCCUGGUCUCCAGCGCUGCCGCCGGAUAUGUCCGUGGCUCCUUGCUAAGGAACGCCGCCCUCGGAUACGGCUAUGGAAACUAUGCCAGUGGAUUGGGUGGCUAUGGUGGCUACGCCCUCGGUCACGGCUACGGCUACUCCGGGCUCACUGGCUCCGGUCUUGGUUACGGCGGCGUCAGCUACGGUGGCCACGCCCUCGGUCACGGCUACGGCUACUCCGGGCUCACUGGCGCCGGUCUUGGUUACGGCGGCGUCAGCUACGGUGGCCACGCCCUCGGUCACGGCUACGGCUACUCCGGGCUCACUGGCGCCGGUCUUGGUUACGGCGGUGUCAGCUACGGUGGCCUCGGCUAUGGUUACGGUGGCCUUGGCUACGGCUACAGCACGCUCGGCCGCACCGUUGCCGCUGCGCCGGCCGUGACCCGUACCGUGUCUGCCUAUCACGCUGCCCCCGCUGUGACCGCAGUCCACGCUGCGCCGUCGUACGCCACUUACGCCUCCGCCCCGGCUGUCACCCGCUACGCGUCCUAUGGCGUGGCUCCAGCUGUCACCGCGGUCCACCACGCUCCAGCCGUUGCUUCCUAUGGCGUCGGCCUCGCUCACGCUGCUCCAGCAGUUGCAUCUUACGGCGUUGGUUUGACUCACGCUGCCCCCACUGUCACCGCUGUCCACCACGCCCCAGCCGUUGCCUCCUACGGCGUCGGCCUAACUCACGCUGCCCCAGCCGUUGCCUCCUACGGCGUCGGCCUAACUCACGCUGCCCCAGCCGUCGCCUCAUACGGCGUUGGCCUCACUCACGCUGCCCCAGCCGUGGCCUCGUACGGCGUCGGCCUCACCCACGCUGCUCCAGCAGUUGCCUCCUACGGCGUCGGCCUGGCUCAUGCCGCUCCUGCCGUCGCCUCUUACGGCGUCUCUCACGCUUCCCCCGUAUACGGUUACGGAGUUGGAUCCCUCGGCUAUGGUGCUGGCAACUACGGCUACGGUUACGGUCUCGGCAGCUAUGGCCUGAACUACGGCUACGGCCUGGGCACUCCCUACCACUACUCCAACCUUCUCCACAAGAAGAAGUAAAAUAUUCAUCACGCAAGAAUCAGCGUGAACAUCUCCCCAUUGCUUCUAUGGAAUCGGCAUUUUACUGCGUUGGUUGUUUUGAAAUUGUGAAUAAAGACUUCAGAAAAUCUAUAAUAUUGUC